AUGUGGAUUGGUAGCACCGUUGGCAUCUUGCUGCGCGUUUUGCUGCAUCUAGCCAAUGCUUCGCAAAUGUUGGAGGAACAUUUAGAGGUCAACAGCCCGAUAACAUCCCAUGUCAGGUUGAAGGAGGGCCUCUUCUUCCUCAAAAACGGCAUCUCGCCUUAUGCAGGGGACACUUGCCAUCAUCCCCCUCUGCUGCUGCUGUUUCUCCAGAUGCUUGAGCAGAUAUCCCCCUGGGCACAUUUCGGCUUCCUGAUCUCUGUCGACGUGGUCACAGCAUUGCUUUUACGGCAGCUAGCUGUUCGCUAUCACCAAGCUCGGCGACAAGCUGGAAGGCCUUGGUCAGAUGCAUCGUUGACUUUGGUCGCCAGCGGCACGAACCUCCCAGCGAUCCAAGUUGCAGAAGGUCUGGAGGAUGUCAUGAGUCCGGCCUUCGUUGGCUUGUUCUAUCUCCUGAACCCCUUGACAGUUUCAAGUUGUGUGGCGCUAUCAGUGCAAAACUUGCAGCAUCUCUUCAUGAUCUUCGCUGUUGUGGCAGCGGGGGCCGGCAGAGGCGGAGCGUCCGCUGCGGGAAUUGCCUUGUCACUGUAUGUUUGUCCCUUUUCACCGGUCUUGCUCGUGUUGCCGUGUGCUUGCCUUGCCUAUAACCAGCAACCUCGCACGCAAAGAGCCAAAGACGACUGCACGGACCGCACAGACCGCAUGGAGUACGAAGCAUUGACUUUGACAAAGGGCAACGUCAUCAACCUUGGCUUCCUCCUCUACAGCGCUUGCUUCGUGGCAGUCGUCUUCGGCUCCUUUGCGUGCCUUCUGGGAGCGUCGGUGGCUGCCAUGGCCGGUGAGCUCCAGUUCUUAGAGGCCGCAUUCUUGUCAGUACUCAGCAUACGCGACCUGACGCCGAAUACUGGCUUUUUCUGGUACUUUUUCAUUGAGGUCUUUCAGCGCUAUUACUUGCUGUUCGUCUUUGCGUUCCACGCCCAUAUUCUUUUCUACCCAGUCCCUCUCCACCUCCGUCUAGGGAGCUAUGCGCCGACAGGGCCCUUCAUCCACUGCAGCGCUGCCAUUGGCAUGAUUGCGAUCUUCAAGCCCUAUCCCACGGCCAGCGACUAUGCGUUGAUGGUGUCGGCCAUGCUCGUUCAAGCGGAGCUCAUCCGAGAGAGCCAGCAGUACUUCGCGUUUCUUCUGAGUGGCGUUAUGUUCGGCCUGUCGAUGGUUCCCACGAUGGUGGCAGUAUGGUUGGGCAGAAAUGCAGGCAAUGCAAACUAUCUGUACAACAUGACACUCGUGGUGAAUGUCUUCGCAUCGCUGACGCUGUCAGAAUGGGUCAAAGCCGGUAUGCGGUUGCGAAAACGGCAAUUCCGCCUGGCCUUCUUUCGUGAGCUUCUCCUUAGUCUGGCUGACGAGGCAACGUUCCGCGUGGCGAUUUCAUGUCGGUGCUAUUGCACGCCUUUCCCGGAGGCGAAGGUGUCUGUUCCAGCUCCCGACAUUAUGGAUGCGGGCAGCACCGUCAGCAUGCAGAGAUUGAGGAAGCUGCCACUGCUGCUGUUCGUGCAUCUCAAGCGCUUUGGAUUUGAGGCAAGAGCUUGGGGUAUUCCCACAUGGAAGAUCGAGGGUGAGGUCGGCCUACCAUCAGAGCGGCUUGACCUUCAAGACUUCGUCCCCAAAAUGUCGUCUCAACACACGGAGUUGCAAUAUGAUCUGUUUGCAGCGGUGGAUCAUGUAGGUUCCUCGCCGUUUUCUGGGCACUACACAGCUUCUUGUCGCCGAGCGGAUGGCUGGUGGCGCUUCGAUGACUCACGCACCGAGUACCUGGGCCGAGCAGGCUGUGAGGCGACCGACAGGAAGGUCAUCGGUUCCUGGAACUACCUCCUCAUGUUCCAGAGGCGCGAUGGGCCUGCAGAUCCAGAGAAAGUGCCGGAGCAAAGCCACCGACACCCGGAGCUGUGGCCGCAUGUGCUGCCGGAUGGAGCGAGAGAGUGGACUUUUCUGAAGAGCUCGACGGGUCAUCGGACAUAG